GGUACAUCACGUUUAUUAGACGUAACGGGCUCUUACAUACUCUCUUCUCUCUCGACUCAAUCCGCGAAGCGCAUACGAAAAUGAAGACGGUGCUGCUUCUCUCGGUAUUGAUAGUUGCGUGCGCGGCGGCGCCUCAGCAGCCGAGCCAAUAUGCGAGCAUCACGAUCACGAAGCAGGAGGAGAACAACAACAUUGGCGUCGACGGUUAUCACUACAGCUACGAGCAGAGCGACGGCCACAAGAAGGAGGAGACGGCUGUGAUCACGAACCAGGGCACCGAAGACGAGGCCCUUGAGGUCACCGGCAGCUUCCAGUACCAGACCCCGGAUGGCAAGACUUACAGGGUCGACUACAAGGCCGACAAAGACGGCUUCCACCCGACGAUCACGCUUCUCUAAAUUUUUCAAUUCCACCUUCUUUUUUCCGUAUUCUCGUAUCCCCUUCCUUUCUUACACGCGAGCGUUGCCAAAAGCGCACGCACUGUGUACCUAUGUUAUAUUGCUCAUAUGAGAAUAUCAAUAUCUGAUGAUUGUAACGACGUGCACAUAUUGUCUCAAUGAUUUGUCAAAACGUCCAAGUUGUUCUAAAGAUUUCAUGUACUUGUAUUUAACAUACACGAGUUUGACAGAAAGUUAAACUUAGGUGAUUAUGUUGAAUUCAAUUACAUACUCUUUUUUACAAAUGUCGAGUUCGAAAAAUAGAGCCGGUAUAUAAUAAUUGUUAUCUUGACUUUCUCCUAAAACACGUUGUCAAGUAGAAGUCGAUUGCCAGUAAUUAGACUAAAAGUGUAGAGUUGAAAUACACAAUGCGUAUAAUACCUACAACUUGUUUUCAGAGAAAAUUCAAUAUAAUCACUUGCAGACAUUAUUUGCCAGAUCUCCUGCGUUAGCGCUUUUCGUGCAUUUAUUUUUACAGUUAUUGCAUGUGUUCAAAUUAUCAAAUCUUAUAAUUUAAUUUUUUUACGCAAAAAGCAUGUAAAUAGUUGUGAUGAAAAUUGUAAUUGUUUGUCAUUUAUACAAAAUAAAGAAUAUGUAUUU